UAGAUAAAAACUGUCCCACUCUUUCAAGAUCAGUUUUUUUCUAUGGAUUUAACGACGAAAUGAUGUGAAGCAAACAAAAAUUUGUAGCCCUUACACUUUUCCUAAUGGGGCUGAGCAUUAUAGAGUUCUGCCCUUUGGGAAUUUGUAGCUUUGGUUCAAAGGGUUCUGAAAGCAACGCCAAAGGUAAGGCUUUUGGUGAUUUGUCUUCAGUUGGAGGGAGAAAAGCUGAGAAUUUAAAAGUUUUUCCCGGUGGAUUUUUCUUGAACCGCAAAAAAAAUAGCAGAAACCAUGUAAGUAGUACUCGAACUAGUGGGAUUACUUGUAAUGUUGAUUUGAAGGAGCUGUGGAGAAAUGGGAUCACUUCAGAUAACAUUUUAAGCAUUCUGAAGCCUAUUUCAGACCCAAUUCAAGCCCUUCAUCUCUUCAAAUCCGUUGCUGAGCAGCCCAAUAUUAUUCACACUACUGAAUCAUUCAAUUAUAUGCUUGAGUUGUUGAGAAGUCAUGGUAGGGUAGAAGAGAUGGCUCUUGUCUUUGAUUUGAUGCAGAAGCAAAUUGUCAAGAGAAACCCUAACACCUUCUUGAGCAUCUUCAAGGCCCUUAAUGUCAAAGGAGGGCUCAGGAGUGCCCCAUUUGCACUCAAAAAGAUGAAAGAAGCUGGUUUUGUCUUGAAUGCAUUUUCUGUUAAUGGUUUGAUAUAUUUCCUCCUUCAGUCGGGUUACAGUCUACAGGGAAUUGAAGUUUACAAGAGGAUGAUCUCAGAAGGGAUUAUACCUAGUCUCAAGACAUAUUCUGCACUGAUGGUGGCUUCUGGUAACAGGAGGAACAAUGAAUUUGUGAUGGAGCUUUUAAAUGAGAUGGAGAGUUUAGGAUUGAAACCAAACGUUUACACCUUUACAAUAUGCAUCAAAGUUCUUGGGCAAGCAGGGAAGUUUGAUGAAGCUUAUAGUCUUUUGAGGAGAAUGGAAGAUGAUGGGUGUAGACCAGAUGUUGUGACAUAUACUGUGCUUAUAGAUGUUCUUUCUGAAGCUGGGAAACUCAAGAAAGCCGAGGAGCUGUUCUGGAAGAUGAAAUCAAGUGAGCAGAAACCUGAUAGGGUAACUUAUAUUACAUUGUUGGACAAGUUUGGUGAUGCUGGUGAUUUAGAAUUGGUGCUUCAGUUUUGGAUGGAAAUGGAAGCUGAUGGUUAUAGUGCUGAUGUGGUUGUUUUCACUAUACUUGUGGAUGCUUUCUGCAAGCAUGGAAAAAUUGAAGAAGCUUAUGAGAUGCUUCAGGUAAUGGAGGGUAGAGGUGUAUCCCCGAACUUGCACACUUAUCAUGCAUUGAUUGGGGGGCUUUUAAGGGCUGAUAGAUUAGAUGAAGCUAAAGAGGUUCUACAUGUUAUGGAAAUUAAAGGUCUAAAACCAACUGCUUUCUCUUAUAUUCUUUUCAUUGACUACCACGGCAAAUCCGGAGACUCUGAGCAAGCUUUUAAAACCUAUGAGAUGAUGAAAAGUCGGGGAAUUGUGCCUGACAUUGUAGCUUUUAAUUCUUGCUUGUAUGGCCUAGCUGAAUCAUCCAAUUUAGUACAGGCCAAAGAAGUAUUUCAAGAAUUACAAGCCACUGGUUUAUCUCCGGAUGCUAUUACUUAUAGUAUGAUGAUAAAAUGCUACAGCAAGGCUGGGAAAGCUGAUGAAGCUGUAAAAAUUUUCUUUGACAUGGUCGAAUAUGGAUGCGAUCCAGACGAAAUGACCAUGAAUUCGUUGAUUGACGUGCUCUACAAGGCCGGUAGAGAGGAAGAAGCAUGGCGGAUGUUCCACAGAAUGAAGACAAUGAAACUAGAACCAACUGUUGUUACUUACAACACAUUAUUGGCAGGGUUAGGAAAGGAGGGAAAGAUUCAAAAAGCAAUGGAGUUGUUUCAGGGGAUGACUUCUUAUGGUUGUUUACCAAAUACCAUAACAUAUAAUACGCUGCUCGAUUGUCUUUGCAAGAAUGGAGCUGUGGAUAUGGCAAUUGACAUGCUUUAUGGAAUGAUGGAAAAAAAUUGUACACCUGACCUUCUAUCUUAUAACACUGUCAUAUAUGGUCUGAUUAAAGAGGAUAGAAUAAAAGAAGCAUUAUGGUUCUUCCAUCAGAUGAGGAAAAUUUUAUUUCCUGAUUUUGUUACUCUAUGUAGUGUCCUCCCUGGUUUCUUGAGAAAUGGAUUGGUUGAUGUUGCUCUGUACAUUAUUGAUAAAUACUUACUUCAGCCAGAUGCGGAAAUGGGUAGGGGACCUUGGGAUGCUCUUAUGGAAAGGAUAUUGAGUGAAGCAGGAUUUGAUCAAUCAGUUGCCUUUGCUGAAAGACUUGCUGUUACUGAAACAUUCACUAGCGAUUACUUAUUAUGCUCUGCGAUUAAAUAUCUUUGCAAGCAUAAGAAAGUUCUUGCUGCAGAUAAUCUCUUUAAUAAAUUCAAGAACUAUGGUAUUAAACCAAGCAUUGAUGCAUAUAACCCUCUCAUCUGUGGCCUUGCUGAAGCCCACCAUACUGAUAGGGCUCGAAACCUUUUUGAGGAAAUGAGGAGGAUUGGCUUUUCUCCUGAUGUUUUCACCUACAAUUCUUUACUAGAUAAUUUGGGAAAGUCCAUUAGGACUGAAGAAAUGCUAGAGUUGUACAAAGAGAUGCAUAUUAAGGGAAGCAAACCAAAUAUCUUUACUUACAACAUAGUUAUUUCAGGUCUUGUUAAGUCAAAUAAACUAGAUCAGGCUAUUGAUUUCUACUAUGAUCUGGUGAGCAGAGAGAUCUCCCCAACCCCGUGCACAUAUGGUCCUCUUAUUGAUGGGCUUCUUAAAUCUGGAAAAGUAGCUGAGGCAGAUGAACUGUUCCAAGAGAUGCUUCAUUAUGGAUGCAAGCCUAAUAGUGCAAUUUACAAUAUUCUCAUGAACGGGUAUGGAAAGUCUGGUGAUGUGCAAAGAGCUUGUCAACUUUUUGAAAAGAUGGUUAGAGAGGGAGUAAAACCAGAUGUGAAAUCCUAUACUAUCUUGAUAUACUCUCUAUGCUUUGUGGGAAGAGUCCAUGAUGCUCUUCUUUAUUUUCAGGAAAUGAUUGCUUCAGGUCUUGAACCUGACUUGAUGACUUAUAAUUUCAUGAUUAAUGGCCUUGGAAAGUCUCAGAGAUUAGAUGAAGCUAUUUCUCUGUUUGAUGAAAUGCAGAAGAAGGGAAUUAUUCCAGAUUUGUAUAGCUACAACUCCUUGAUUUUCAACUUUGGGAAGGCAGGGAUGAUAAGUGAAGCUUGGAAAAUAUUUGAACAACUCCAGCUUAAAGGCCUAGAGCCAAAUGUUUUCACAUAUAAUGCUCUUAUACGGGGCUAUAGCGCAUCUGGCAAUGCAGAUGAUGCUUAUGCAGUGUACAAGAAGAUGAUGCAAGGAGGCUGCAGGCCGAAUUCGGGGACAUUUGCUCAGCUUCCUAAUCAGCAUUGAUGCCUUCAGAGAUCACUUUUCUGCACUCAUUUUUAUAUAAUAAUACAUUGUGAAUAGAUCAACUGACAGUACUGACCGUUAGGAUUGCAACCAGUACAACAACAUUGGUAGUUUUCCUACUAGCUGGUUAGUAAAUGGAGCUUCUCUGAUUGCUUACAAAGAAGUAUAAGUGAUUUUCUUGAGCUGAAGCAUAUAUUUCUAUUACCUUUAAGCUUGCACAUAAAUGUGAAAAUGGUAGAAGGGCCCAAAGUUUUCUUUUGAAGAUAUUUGCCAAUUGUUUUAAACUAGAGACAUGAGUAACAAUCUUUUGGGAAGCAAAACAUCUAUUUGUCAAUAGGAUCUGUGAUAAAUUUUCUUUGAGAAAGUUUAAUGAAAGCAAGCUCCUAUGAUUGGAAUUCA